GUUUGACCAUAAACUAUUUCACAAUGGAUACGUACCCCACGGAUGACUCUUGGUCGGCUGUCGGUGACUCGCUCGUCGAUCCUGGAGGUCUUGUUAUGCUAACGACCGGCGAACCCUUUAAUUGUCAGACUCCCGAGGCGUUGGAGCCUUGUGUAAAUGGUUUCAGAGACAGUGACCCGGCGUUAAAUUGCAUAACCACUUCUUUUGAUCCAUGGUUACCUGAUCACCCAAUACAUGUAGAAGUAUGCGUAUCGCAAUUCAACACGGAAAUUUCCUCUACUAUCGAAUCUCAUGUGGUCGACUUUCUUCGCUCAUUAGGUCCUCGUCACGUACCCACCAUAUUAAAUAACCACGAAAACCACUUCACCCUCGUAAACUCAGAAGGUACGAGCCAACAAACCUGUGAUUUCCUGCAACGCUGUGUUCAUUCAGUGAGCUUACUUCUGGAUGAAGCCGAUGGUUCGAAUGGUUAUGACGCCAGUCGGUCUGUAGAUUUAAGAACCACGCCCCUCGUGGUGCAUGUAUACCAACUUGUAUCUGGGGACGAGGCCCUUCCGGUGCACGAGAAAAUCGAAGUGGGCUCCGAGGUCAUCAACGGUGGCACUGUCUGGCUCCUCCCGUCGAUGGAGAUGCAAGGUAUAUGGGAGUCCCUUAUAUUCGAUUCCGACAUCAAACUGGAUCUGCUGAGUUAUGCCGAAACUGCACUGUUGUUUGCAGACAAGCAGGUUUCCUCCUCAAUUAUAUCGUGGAAUCGUGUGGUACUUUUGUAUGGUCCUCCUGGAACUGGAAAGACUUCGUUAUGUCGUGCGUUGUCCAAUAAAUUAGCCAUCCGCCUGGCUGAUCGUUACUCUUCCACCAAGUUGAUCGAACUGAACGCGAUGAACCUCAUGUCCAAAUGGUUCUCUGAAAGCGCUAGGCUGGUCGCUCGCAUGUUCGACGCUAUCCGAGAGUAUCUCGAUUCUGCGGAUCAUCUUGUCUGUUUGCUAGUUGACGAGGUGGAGAGUUUGACCGCCGUGCGCAACUCGGCUAUGUCUGGCUGCGAACCGAGCGAUGCCAUUCGAGUAGUCAAUGCGGUGUUGACCCAGAUCGACCAGGUACUGUUCCAAUUGUUUUGGCCUCGUUUGUUUUCACUUCACACGGGUGCGUACCAGCUUUGUUGCAUUGUAAUACUCCCAGUUAUAUGCGUCACACAGUUUGCACGGUUGUUUCAUCGUACACCUUUUUAA